UCUUCCCAUAUCUUUUCAAAAACCACAUAUCUAGAUGAGUUAGAGCAAAGUAAACGAGACAAAGGGUUUCAAAAAAAGAUUAACGAUGUUCAUCAAGUUUUUAGAUCUCGGGAACAUUUGUUCGAAAAGGCCGUGACGCCUAGCGAUGUCGGCAAGUUGAAUCGGCUAGUGAUACCGAAACAACAUGCCGAGAAGCACUUCCCGUUACAACACGGAAACAAAGGCGUGUUGUUAAAUUUCGAAGAUUCGGGUGGUAAAGUGUGGAGGUUCCGGUACUCAUCUUGGACAAGUAGUCAAAGCAACGUGUUGACAAAAGGUUGGAAUAGGUUUGUGAAAGAGAAGGGACUGAAUGCCGGCGAUAUCGUCAGUUUUUAUCGAUCCAACGGUGUAGAUAGGCAGUUGUAUAUUGCUACGGAAUCGGGUAUCGGGUCAGGUUCGGGUGAAAAUGUCGAGUCAGAAGUCCAUCCGGUCCAGGCAGUUGAGCCGGUGAGACUAUUUGGGGUGAAUAUAUUUAGGGUUCCACAAGUUGAAGUAGACAAUUAUGGAAACAGAAAUAGGAAUAUAGAAAUUUCUAAUAGUGGUAAGAAAAUUAGGGUUAGUAAUGCAUUGUAGUAAAAGUGGAAAAAGCAGCUGAAAAAAGCUGCUCAAAUUCAGGUGCUGCAGUCAAAUUUGUGUCCUUUUUGUUUUCUAGCAUUGUGGUAAUAGAUUUAAAGUAUCCUAGGCUCUAAGUUGGUGAAUGAAGCAAGCUUGUAUGCGUGU